CUCACUUCAUGGCGGCGUUUCAGAUGGGGAAGAGGAAAAGGAAUUAUGGACGAUCGGUUGCCUGGCGGUGACACAAGCGGGAAGUAUGGCGGCGGCUGACGGAGAGAUCGUCGUUGAUCCGUUGCUCCAGAUGUCAAAUUACGAAGAUCCAGGUUUAUUAGACCUUUCCAAUCAGAGUCUCCACAAACUGAAUCCGAAGAUUUUCAGUCACGUGGAGUCACACACUCUUAUUCUGGACCAAAACCACAUUAUUAAGCUGGAGCACCUGGAGCGUAAUCAAGUUCUUCAGCAGCUGUCUGCGGCCUGCAACCGUCUGGUACGCAUGAUGGGUGUCUCAAAGCUGAUUCACUUACGAACUCUGAAUCUCCCAAACAACAGUAUCGGAUAUAUUGAGGGACUGAAGGACCUGGUUCAUCUGGAAUGGCUCAAUCUAGCUGGAAACAACAUAAAGGUCAUUGAGCAGCUCAACAAUUGUGCUUCCCUUCAACAUCUUGAUAUGUCCGAUAAUAAUAUUUCUCACAUAGGAGACCUCACAAAGCUCUCAGCGUUAAAGACUCUUCUUCUGCAUGGAAACAUCAUCACGACUCUACGUACUGUUCCUGCCCACCUGCCAACGAACCUAACUGUCCUGUCGCUAGCAGCGAAUGAGAUCAGAGACCUGACUGAGGUGUCAUAUUUAGCUCCAUUUCACAGCCUAGAGCAGCUGUCCAUCAUGAGUAACCCAUGCGUCAUGGCCACACCGUCUCUGCCCGGCUGUGAUUAUCGCCCGUAUGUGGUGAGCUGGUGUCUCAGUUUGAAGGUGCUGGAUGGAUAUGUGGUUUCACAAAAAGAGGGACUGAAAGGAGAAUGGCUCUACAGUCAAGGUAAAGGUCGUAUGUUUCACCCCGGACAGCACGCACAGCUGGUCCAAUAUUUGGCAUCCACGUGUCCCCUGACAGCCACAACUGCCUUGGAGUCAGCAGAGGAUGCUAAACUUGAGCGAAUCCUCAACAAACAAAGACAGCAUCAGAAACAGCUGCAGCAAACACGUCACUGCUGCUCGAGUCCAUCUCGCCCCACACAUCUAGACGUGCAGCAGAGGCGCAUCCACAAGAACAAAGACGGGGAUGUCAUCGCUCAGGCAGAUGUGGAUCCAGGAGUUCAGGUAAACACGUGGAUGGACUCUGUAUCUUCACCCGUAGUUGCUGCUGCCCGGCUUCCACCUGCUGCUGAAGACAUGAUGACUCUGGAGGAUGUGCAUACUGAUGAGGAGAAGCUUCAUGGUAGUCUGCUGUCCUCCGAGUCUGCUUUUCUGCCCUUUAACACUGCUGUUCAUCCUGCUUCAGCUCCUGACAGCGGUGAAGAGGAGUUUGAUGAUUCUCUGGCUCCUCCCACAUCCACUCAGUACCACCCAUCCAAGGAGGAGUCAGUAGAUAGAGCUGUCCUCACUCUGACACAGGGAUCAGAUCAUGUUGACCACAUUGACAGAACUGCCUGCUUCGACAUUAACGGGCAGCAGCAUGCAUUUAAUGGGGAUGCUGGGUUACAGAACGGUACUGUGGAGGAUUCAAAGUGGACUGGGAUGCAGAAAGCUGCUGUGCUGCAGUGUAAAGUAGAACAAUGUGAACCACAUGAUGCAGCUGUAAGGAUUCAGUCUUGGUGGAGGGGACACUGGACGCGGUACUGCCACCCACAAGCCAAAGAAGUGCGUGCUGAGAUCCGCUUGCGUAGGAUGCAGGAUCACAUUGUCCACUUGACCGUAGAACUGGAAAGGGUGCGCAAGCAACAAGAAGAAGACAGACUACAGAGACGUGUGCAAGAAGAAGCUGUGAAGUUCCUGUGGAAGCAGCUUCAGGUCGUGCUGGAGUGGCAGUCGUCUGUUAACGAGCAGCUCAAUGUGUCAAAGAGUACUGCAUUAGAUCCCAGCAUUCCUGCAGCAACUCCUAUCCACACUGAGAUCUCCAUCCCUGAGUCUGGUUUUCAUUCCCCUGGAGAGCGACCGGCAGCACUGGACAACAGUCUGAGCAGCACGGCCACGACUGGAUCUCCAGAAACAGUGCGCUCUCUUGGGCCUCUGACAGCAGCCACGGGGGACAGUCAAGAUGGCAGUCUGUUAGAGCAGUAUCUCUCAUCUGUGCAGCGACAGGACGAGGAGGAGGAAGAGGAUAAAGGAACGGGUGACAGAACAGGAACACCUCAAGAUCCAUCUGAUCUCUCUCCUCAUGGUAAAGACUGUAGAGAAGUAUGUAGGUAUGUGAAAUAAAUGUGAAUUGAUUUGAU